AUGAAAGUACUAACGGUGACAUCACGUCUGUCUUUGCAGAAGCUGGCAGUCAGAACUUGUCCUGUCGGGUCGACCAAGCCUCUGUCUCUCAUCAAGCCUCCCAGCCAGGGCAUCGCCAUCUCCGUGGUGCCUGCCAAGGCUCCCGUUUCCAUGGUGACCGCACACAUUAACGGACAGAAGGCGGCGAGCUCGGAGCCGCUGCAGACGUCCCCCAUCAACCUCCAGACGGCCGGCAGGGUGGCGGCCGCCGGCGUUCACCCGUUCAGCAGCAGGAGAGCCGGAGAGCUGCCCCCCUCUCAGAUGCUGGGAACUCUCACUGCUGUGCCCAUCAAGGUGCCUCAAGUCAGCUCGCUGCACCGGCUGGCAGGACAAGCAGCCACUGUGCUACCUCAGGUCAGGCCAAAGACCCAGAUCCCCGACAGCCUUCCCCACAGUCCCUGCCAGGAUCUGCAGCCGCUCAGCCUGCAGAGGGCCACGGCCGUGGUGAGCCCUAAGAGCCAGGGCCCCACGCUGCCCACCGCCAACAGCACCUUCAGCCCGGACCACCAGCCCAACGGCCAGAGCGACGCCUCGCCGCCCCCGCCGCCACCCCACAGCCUGUCCACGGGCCCCGAGUCCAGCAGCCCCGCCCAGCACGCCUCUGCAGGGACCGGCGUGGCGUACGCCAUCAUCGCCGCCUCCCCCGCCACCGGAAACGGGGUUUCCCCCGUCAGCGAGGCCGUCAAGGUAAUAAUAAUCCAGCCUCAGGCCCCCAGCAGCACUGAAGGGUCACCAGGAGCCGCGGCCGACCUGCCAUCACAGGAAGUCCCGCCCACUCUGACCCCGAAGAAAGACGAAGAUCCUGAGAAAAUUGCCUUCAUGGUCGCCCUCGGCCUCGUCACCACAGAACAUCUGGAAGAAAUCCAGACGAAGAGGCAGGAGAGGAAGAGGAGAAGCACGGCCAACCCGGCUUACAGCGGACUGUUUGAACCCGAGCGGAAACGUCUGGCGUCACAUUACCUGAACAGCUCGCUCUUCCUGUCGGCACGAGACUCUGAGGAUUUCUGCUGGAAGGAGGACUUGGAGCAUGACGAACACUGUGCCAUCUGUAAGGAGGACGGCGAGCUGCAGCCCUGCCACAACUGCCCCCGAGCCUUCCACCCCAACUGCCUCCACCCGCCCCUCAAAACCCCCCCCAGAGGGCCCUGGUACUGCCCCAAGUGUCAGAAGAAGGUUCUGAAUAAGGAGAACAUGUCAUGGCCACAAAACUUUGUUCAGUCCUACGUUACACACAAGACGGUCAGGCAGGAGGAGAAGCGACGGCUGCUGAGACGAAACAACGAGCUGAAGAAAGAGUGCGCUCACCUGGAGGAAGAAGACCAGAAGCUCAAGAUGACGCUUCAACAGUGCAUGGACGUGAGGGAGCGGCUCGUCGACCAGCAGAGAGACACGCAGGCGUCGCUCGAACGCCUCAAAGCUCUCAUCCGGCUGAUCCAGCGCGACCAGGUCAUCCAGGUCACCAUGACGACCACCACCACCAUCACCGCCUCCUUGCUCUCCCAGUCCUGGAUCAAACAACCCACCAGCACCGCGCCUCUGCCGCCGCCGCUGCAGCCUGGAGUCACAUCUGGAACCCGAGUCAAUCAGAAAUGGGACAACGCCGUCAAACUGAGUCAACAACGCUGUUUGACUGUCGGGGUAACCGUGACGACGGAGGCGACGUCCUCCCGGGUUUUUCGGACCGGGGCGGCGCUUCCUGUCGGAUCCGGCUCGCUCCGUGUGUCUCGCUAG